AUGACAGCCAGAACCUCUGAGGCGUCGGGACUGUCGGUGCCGCUGCACCGCUGUCACGGGGUUCUCCAGGCCAAUAACGGAACCUGCGUGGAGAAGCUCAGCAUCUUUCCGCCGUUCUCCUCCACCCUCGCACUCCUCGUGCUGGUGGCUGUGCUCGUGGGGAUCAUCCUCGUUUCCCUGGCAACGUUCCACUUCCACAAGAGGAAGCUUCGGAAUAGGAAGAUCCAGCGCGCGCAGGAGGAAUACGAGCGCGACAGUCGCAGCCCCGUGCGCGCUGGGGCGAGCGGGGAGCCCGCGAGGCCGUGCGUCAUCGUCCGACCGGCGAGAUGCGAGGAGAAGCUCUCGUGCCAGAGCACGGAGAGCGGGGACGUCACCGAACCGGCGCUGCACGAGGCGGUUCCUCUUGACUGUUAA